UCUUUCAGCCGUUUUAUAAUAGAGAAAGUGAGAUAGUGAGAAGCUGAAUUUCACAUUCAGGAACUUCUGUAUAAAAAAAUCGUUGGGAUCGGAUCAAACGUUCGAGUCGUUCGAGUAUAUCUAUCUUUUUCGUUCUCGCGACCUAAAAAAAGGUUAAAAACCUUACACGUGUUGCAAAACAGAAGAAUACGAUACAAGAAAAUAUACGUGUUGUUUUCGUUUAUGGCGGAUGGCGAUAUGGUGCAUGGGCUUUUUGCAGUAUAAAAUUCAGUCUUUAAUUCAUUAAUUAUAUGUUUUAUAUUUCUAAUUGAUUAGUGUGUUUUAGCAAGUGGUUAUUGAACGAAAAACUGAAGCCUAUACUAAGAGGUCUCUCUGAGCUUCGAAGUUUGGCAAUUACUCAAGUUUUUAUAAAUCACUACUUUUUUAUUAUUGUGAUUAGUCCUUAAGGAUAAGAUAAGAUAAGAUGGCUAAGGAUAGAGGUGAUAUUAUUGAUCUUGUUGAAGAAGCAGUGGCUAUUGAAAAGGCUAUAGAUAAUGAAAUAUCGACUUCAACUGCUAGAAGUACUGGUAGCAUUGAGGUGGCAACUAGACGUAAGCCUAAGAAGGUUCACCGUCAAAAUAGCAAAGAAGGAGCCAUAAAUGUGGGAAAUUUCAUUCAUAAGCCUAGGUCUUGGAAAAACAGUCGUCGCUCCCGUAAUGGAUACGGACGUGGGUUACCGAAAAAAGGCGGCGCUGGCGGCAAAGGCGUUUGGGGCAAAUAUGGUUCUGAGUUGCUCGAAGACUACGAAGACGUUAAUGAUCCCAACUUUGAUUCUGAGAAUCUGAAUAAUGGGGAUAUUGAGUUAAAAGUUGUUGUACCUGAGGUUUCAAAUGAGGAGUUAAAGAAAAAGUGUGAACUAAUCAUAUUGGAAUACUUUGAAAGUAAUGACAUUCAAGAGGUGGCCCAAUCUGUAGAGGAAAUUGUUCCUCUCAAUCGUAGGGAUGUGUUUGUUCAGCAAGCUAUCGAAACGGCAAUGGACCACAAACCAUCCCAUAGAGAACUGACAUCAGUAGUUAUUUCUGAUCUCUACGGAUAUGUAAUUACCGAGUCGGAUAUCAUUAAGGCCUUUGAGAAUUUACUCGCUAAUUUGAACGAUUUAAUUUUAGAUAUACCUGAUGCUCCUGUAGUUCUAGGCAACUUUAUCGCUCGAGCUAUAGCCGACGACUGCAUCCCUCCACGUUUUAUUGUCUCUACUAAGGAGAAAAGCGACGAUAAUAUCUUCCAAGAAGCCUUAAUUCGGGCCGACACUCUCCUCUCCAUGAAGCACGGUCUGGUGCGAUUGGACAACGUGUGGGGCGUGGGCGGUCCGCUUCGACCAGUUCAGGCGCUCACCAGGCAGAUGUCGCUGCUGCUUCAAGAAUUUGUAUCGUCGGGCGAUGUAGAGGAAGCUUCGCGUUGCCUGACUGUGCUCGAGGUACCGCAUUUCCAUCAUGAACUGGUUUACGAAGCCAUUGUAAUGGCUUUGGAGGCAAACAGUCAAGAUACUGAAAAGGCCAUCUGUAACUUGCUUAAAGCUUUUGAUUCUCGAGUACUCAUUACUAGAGACCAACUCGAACGUGGUUUCUUCCGCGUUUUUGAUGAUCUGUCUGAUAUUUCUAUGGAUGUUCCUUUGGCCUAUGUAAUUUUGGAUCGUUUCAUUGACUUGUGUCGCAAUGAAGGAUUUUUGACUGAUAACAUUAUUAAGAGAUUCCCGUCUCGAGGACGCAAACGUUUCGUUUCCGAGGGUGAUCAUUUUGUUUCAAGGGAUAAACUAAACAAGGCCCACGAAUACUAGUUUCUCGAAAGUUUCCAAGCCCAUUUCAUUUGAUAAUAAAUUGAGCAAAUUAUUCUUGGAUAUGUGAACAAGUAAUAUCUACAACUAUUAAUAAUUAUUGUAUGCUAUUUUUUAAAGAAGCUUAUUAUAUUCCUUAAUAAAUUAUGCUUUUCUUAACAAUCUUUUGGUAGAUAUUUUUCUUUAGAAAUAGUACUAAUAAAGUAAAUGAAUAAUAUUUCCAUAGUUAAAAUUAGAAAAGAGAUUAUUAAAUUUUGUCAUUGCAUCAUUUUAUAAUGUAAUUUGUUCGCUAACCAAAAGUAAUUUGGUCGGUUAUUGCAUAUAUUAGAACUUAACAUAUAUUUGAAGAUGUUAAUUAAAUAUUUCAUAGAGUAUAAGUUUUAUUCAUUUUGUAUUUAAUAAGCACUUUGCAAAAUCUAGAUUUAUGUGUUAAUACUUUUUGUACAUUUUCUCUAUAUUAUCAAAAUAAAGCGUUAUUAGAAUUUUUUUU